GUGAAUUGAUUCAGUUACACACCCGCUUGAAUCGUAACAAACUUCCAUUUCCAAAAGGGAAGUUACUUCCGUCUUCCUCUCUACAUUUCUUCUCCCCAUAGAUUCGUUCUUAAAAACGGCACAAGAACUGAGCUUUGAUUCUCGUAAGAUUCAUCUUUCUCUAUCUACUUCUCUGAAUCGUAACAACAAUGGAGGUUACUAACGGUUCGCCGGAGAAGAGAGGCUGUCUCCGCAGGCUGAGAUGUGCAGUUAAGAACUAUGAUUGGGGUAGAGUUGGCUGUGAGUCUACUGUAUCAAGAUUGUUCUCCAUGAAUUCUGGACUUUCCGUUGAAGAAGGCGAGCAUUAUGCCGAGUUCUGGAUGGGAACGCACGAUUCAGGACCGACGUUUGUUGUUGAUAAUGAUUUUCUCUAUGGAGAUGACGAGACAUUGAAGUCUUUUAUUUAUCGAAACCCUAGUGUUCUUGGAGAUAAGGUUGUCCAGAAAUGGGGCCAUGAUCUACCUUUCCUGUUUAAGGUACUUUCAGUGGCAAAAGCUUUGUCAAUUCAGGCACAUCCAAAUAAGGAAUUGGCUGGUUAUCUGCAUAAACACCAGCCACAUAUCUAUAAGGAUGAUAAUCAUAAGCCUGAGAUGGCUCUGGCGCUGACCAAAUUUGAGGCCCUAAGUGGAUUCAUUAGCCUUAAGGAGCUUAAAGAGGUUAUGCAGAAUGUACCCGAGAUCGAACAAGUGAUUGGUAAUGGAUAUAAGAAACUAAUAAUAGACAUUAAUCAUGAUGUUGGAGAAGAGAGAAUAAAAUCAGUUUUACGAUCAGUGUUUACCCAAAUCAUGUCUGCUAGCGACAGUGUUGUUUCGAAAGCGUUGUCUGCAAUCAGAAGUCGUCUCCACGAAUCAAGCAAGGAGGGUAAAUUGACAGAGAAGGAAAAGCUAGUGUUGAAGUUAGAAAAACAGUAUCCAUACGAUGUAGGUGUAAUUGCAGCCUUCCUCUUCAACCAUGUCAAACUUAAGCCAGGCCAAGCUCUGUAUUUAGGGGCAAGCGAACCUCAUGCCUACUUGUCGGGGGAAUGUGUUGAGUGCAUGGCAACGUCGGACAAUGUUGUCCGAGCUGGCCUUACACCAAAACAUCGCGACAUCCAAGUUCUUUGCUCCAUGCUCACAUACAACCAGGGAUUUCCUGAAAUCUUGGAGGGAAUUCCUGCAAACCCUUAUACUAAGAAAUAUCUCCCACCAUUUGAGGAAUUUGAGAUUGAUCAUUGUGCCCUUCCAUCAGGAAGGUCUACUGUUUUCCCAGCCGUUCCUGGUCCAUCUAUUUUUGUGUUGACCAAUGGUGAGGGAACCAUGCACGGCGGUCCAUUGUCUGAAGGGCUGUCGGUUAAGGAAGGCGAUGUCUUCUUUGCAGGUGCAGGAACAGAGGUUCAUAUAGAGACAGCAAUGUCGAAGCUGAAUUUGUACAGGGCUGGAAUUAAUAGCAGGUUCUUUAAAAAGCAGUAAGCUUUGCUUGUAUUGGCAAAUUAUGUACCUCCUUUAUCUUUGUAUGAAAUACUUAUAAUCAUAUUAAUAAAGUUAUUUUAAAAUAAAACA